GCGGCCAUUCUGAUAGGGUGAAGAAAGGGUUAAAUGAAUUACAGAAGUCACAAACCAGUCAAGCAGUUGACCCAACUCUCUUACAGGAACUAUGUGGGGUUUCACAAACACUCGCGGUCCUCCUCUUCCUCUCCUGUCAGGGAGACAUUUCAGAGACCUGACGGUGCCACAAGCUGCUUCCGAUGGAUGCCCCCCACAGUGCAGCCCCCUUCUCACUAUGGCUGCUCUGUCUGGCCGUGUCCCCUGCCGGUGGCUUCUUUGUGGACACCGAUCAACCAAUCGUCUUCCAGGAUGGAGAUCAGAGUUUUGGAUACCAAGUUGUCCAGAUGAGGAACCGGGUAAUUGUCAGCGCCCCCCUCCAGCAAACUGACACCAAUAGAACUGGACAGCUGUAUCAAUGUGACCCUGGGUCCCGAGCCUGUCAACCAAUCACCAUGACUGGUAAUGCGGCCGAUGUAAACAUCUCCCUGGGCCUGGUGCUGGCGGCUCAGCAGGACCCCCCCGAGUUACUGGCUUGUGGUCCGACACUAAAAAGAACCUGCGGAAAGAACAUCUAUGUGAAUGGACAGUGUUACCAGCUAGACCAGCGGCUGCAACUAGUGGGCAGCCUGCCCCUCUCGCUGCCAGAGUGCAGCAUCGUCCAUCUGGAUAUCGCGUUUCUGAUCGACGGCUCUGGGAGUAUCGCUCCCUCCGAUUUCACAUUAAUGCUCAACUUCGUCUCCACCGUCAUGGAAGCUUUCCGUGGUAAACACGCGCAGUUUGCGCUCAUGCAGUACUCCAGCAGAUUUGAAACCCAUUUUGAUUUCAACCAAUAUGCGGCCACGAGGGACCCGAGAGCUCUGACCAGGAACAUUAACCAGCUGGGAGGCCAAACGUGGACCCCGACGGCCAUCUACAAAGUGCUGACUGAGCUUUUCAUCCCUGAAAGCGGCUCUCGGACAGAGGCCCAAAAGGUUCUGAUCGUCAUCACGGACGGCGAGACGACUGGGGACAGGAGGCCAUAUUCCGAUUCCAUUGGCAGAGCAGAAAGAAUGGGGGUCCUGCGCUUCGUUAUUGGGGUGGGAAAUGCCUUCGAUAACCGGAGAGCACAGAACGAGCUGAAAACCAUUGCGUCUCAGCCGUCGGAGGAUCACGUUCUCAGGGUGGACAACUUCUCUGCUCUCAGUCGUUUUCAGGAGGCUCUUCAGGAAAAGAUCUUCGCCAUAGAAGGAACAGAGUCACAGACGGGAAGCUCUUUUGAAAUGGAAAUGUCUCAAGACGGGUUCAGCGCGAUUUUAACCCCAGAAGGACCUGUUCUCGGGGCAGUUGGGGCCUAUGACUGGUCCGGAGGGGCAUCAUUUUUCAGGGGGCAAGCGGAAAGCGUUAUCUGGAUAAACGUGACUGAGGACCAGAAAGACCUGAAGGGCUCAUACAUGGGAUAUUCCCUGCAGCUGUUGGAAAGAGACCUGUUGGCUUUGGGAGCCCCGAGACACGAGCACAAGGGGAGCGUCAUGAUCUUCAAGAGGGACCCAGCCACAUCAUCCUGGCGCCUGAGAGCCAUGGCCAAGGGAGACAAGAUCGGGUCAUACUUUGGUUCCACGUUGAGUGUGGUUGAAGUGGAUGCCAACUUCCCAAGGACUCUUCUGGUGGUUGGAGCCCCUACGUAUUAUUCUCCAGACGUCCCCGGUGGUCGUGUUUACUUGUGUCCCAUUCCAGACAUGGAUUCCACAGGCCCAGUUGUGACUGUCUCGUGUCCAGACACCUUGAGUGGGGACACGUCUCGGGUUUUGGGGCACUUCGGAUCAGCUAUGGCUGUCUUGAUGGACCUAACUGGAGAUAAAGUGACCGACAUGGCCAUUGGCGCUCCUUGUGAGGACAAUAAUCGCGGAGCCGUGUAUAUCUUCGGUGGUCAGCCUGGGGGCUUCAGAGCUUCGUACAUCCAGAGGAUUGCGGGCAGUUUGCUCGGUGCCGGAUUCAUGUUCUUCGGCAGAUCUGUUAGUGGAAACCUGGACAUGACGAACGAUGGUCUUCCAGAUCUAACGAUUGGGACUGAAGGCAAAGUCUUCUUAUUGAAGUCCCGGCCUGUUCUGGGAGUCUCGAUUUCCUUCACAUUUGAGCCAAAAGAGAUCCCCCUUUCAGUGUUUGAAUGUCCGGAUCCCACAGAGCAAGGGAAAGAGUUAAUGGUCAAUGUGUGUGUGUUCACCAGCAUGAGAAGCGACAGACAUAUUGGCUCAUUCUCCACAGACCUCCAGUACACUCUGCUGCUGGAUCACGGGCGCACUCAGACACGCGCACUCUUUCCUGACAAACAGCGCUCUCUGGACACCAACGUCAACCUGAAUGUGGGGACUGCCUGCCGGGCACACGCUUUCCAGCUCCCUGAGUGUGUGGAGGAUUCUCUCUCCCCCCUCAGAGUGGCUUUAAAUUUCUCUCUGAGUGGGCUCUCCGUGUUGAGUGAGGACUCUUUCGUCAAACACUUUGGGCAGGUUCCAUUUGAGAAGAAUUGUGGCAGCGACGGACUUUGCGAGGACGAUCUAAGAGUCAACGCCACGUUUAGUGGUCUCGUUAAUCUGGUCGUGGCCGUGUCUCUGGACGUGAAUUUGACGAUCUCUGUGCAGAAUCUCGGGGACGAUUCGUAUGACACCCGCGUUCUGAUCUCUCUGCCGCCCGACCUGUCCUAUCGCAGGGUGUCUCUUGUGCAGAGUAAUAGGCGGAUAGCGGUUACGUGCGCCCCGCUGCUCGCUCAGCAGGUGGUCAGAUGUGGUAUCAACAACCCCCUACUGAGACCCAACACGACGGCGAUCUUCCUGGUGGGUUUUCACGUCUCUACAAACGCAACUCUAGGAGACACCCUGACCCUGACGGCCAAUGUUACCAGUGACAACGGGGGGCCGGUCCAAGAUGCAAUGAAAUCCACGGCUUCCGUUAAAGUUCUUUAUGGUAUCUACAUAACGGUAACCAGUCUUGAAGAAUCGACCAAGUACACCAACUUCUCAUCCAGUGAAGGCCGUGGGACAUCGACCCCCCGCAGAGUGCAGCACGUGUACCGAGUGAUUAAUUUGGGCCAACAUGCGCUGCCUCUGUCUGUCGUCUUCAUGAUCCCCGUGAAGCUGGGAGAUUCUCCUCUAUGGGAGCAGGCGAUGGUCAGCAGCUCAGAGCCGGGUCCCACGAAUUGCAUCACAACGGGGGAGAAAACCGCAGCCCAGGACAGCCGGGAGCUUCAAAAAACUCUGACCGUUCUGAACUGCUCAGUGGCGACGUGUCUUCAGGUCGAGUGCCACGUCGAAAACAUGGAGAUCCGGAAAUCGAUUAACUUCACAAUCAGCGGAAACGUGACACGAGAAUGGGGCAAGCAGACUGAGCAGCAGAAGGUUUUCCUUCAGACGUCAGCAGAAAUUUCAUACGAUUUUGGGAAAUAUCAACAUCCAACCGAGCAGGACGAGCGAUUCAUCCGGGCGCAGGCGCAGACCGUGCUGGAGGUGAUCACGGAGUACGACUACCGGCCGGUGAUCGUGGGGAGCAGCGUCGGGGGGCUGGCGGUCGUCGCCCUCAUUGCCGCCGGACUUUACAAGCUGGGAUUCUUCAAGCGCCAAUACAAACAGAUGAUGAGCGAGCCGGAGGGCCAGAGCUCCCCCAGUCAGGAUCCCGACGGGUCAGCGCCACACGAGCCACAGGAGAACGCCGCACACGAGUGAGCGGAGCGACGCGGACCGGCGCAUGCACACCGCAGCAGGGACCACGGACAUUAUACCAAAGUGCAUUUUAUUAUUCAAAUUAAUAUUCUGUUAGAUGCAAAAAUCAGCUUCCUGUACAGCCACGGGGAGGAAUUACGUAGAAAUAUAUAGAGGAGGCUUAGAGGACAGAGGCUUCUGAUUGGCUGAGGCGGGGAAGCGCGAAUAAUAAUCAUUAAUAAACGGAUACGAAACGAA